CGUUACGUAAAGAUGAAAACUAAAGCCCCGGACACACAGUAUCUGUUCUGCUCGCCUUCCGCUCUCGUACGGUGAGGGGGCUGUAUUAUUAGCGAAAGUAUUAUUAACCUUUUAGCCGGCUUACCACGCGGAAAGGAUCGAGAUCUUUGGUUUAGCUUGCACAAGUUUUGCAUUAACACCGUUUUUUGCGCUUCAAUUACCUAACAAAAAGAACAAAACACCAAAAACGAUUUAGGCAGGCGCAUGUAACACCAAUAUUAGGUGGCUAAGAACGUUGCUUCAAGGGCGAGAGGAAUGCAAGGGAAUGGUGCCAACUGAGUCUUCAGAGGAACAGUAUUUCUGUGUUGAAAAAUGUAGUGUAUUGCUUGAGGCAAAUAAUAAAUAAACAUAUACAACUAGUAACAUUAGCUGAUAAAAUGGAUGCCUGCAGUGUUUGAAACGACGUUUAGAUGAAGCUGUUACCACAUACAUCACAAAUAGCGCUCACAUGUAGAUAAAAACAACUGCGACCUGACCUUCGACUAGUAGAGACCACAAACCACAGGGAUUGAUAGUCUUCACGAGCUUAACGAUGCAUUUCUAACCCGUUAUAAAAGGCGCUCCAAUCAGUGCAGUGGGUCAGUUAGUGCCCGAGAUUUAGAAGUGUGCCAAGUGCUAAGCAAUCCCUGCGACCGCUGCGAACGAUGACUGAUAACAAUACGCUGUUCCGCGGCUUGAUGCAAAAACCGUACGAACCGACGUUUGUGCCGAAGGUGGACGGGAAGCUGUACUACGAUCUGCCCGAUGCGUACCUAACCGACCAGUACCGCCCAUACGGACCAUCGAUACAGAACCGGUUCGGCAUUAAUGCGGAAACGCGCGUACCAUUUCCAAACAUUAGCCCGCCGGAUCUGUCCUUUGCCGACGUGGUCAGCCGACGAGGUGUGUUUUCGGUGUUUAACGCAGCGCACAGGCGGGCCGCUGGCCAGCUAAUACAGCUCUUUCUCGAUCAACCCAACCCGACCACGCUCAGUGCAGUGGCGGCGUACGUGCGGGAUCGUGUCAAUGCGCCCAUGUUUCAGUACGCACUAGCGAUCGCGCUCAUUCACCGGGACGAUACACGUGAUGUGGAGAUACCGAGCUUUCUGGAACUGUUCCCGGACCGGUUCGUCGAUCCGGCCGUGUUUCCGCAGCUGCGCGAGGAAAGCAAUCUGCUCGAUCGGGGCAGCCGACGGGCAAUCGACAUACCGUCCAACUACACGGCGUCGGAUCGGGUCGAUGAGCAGCGCGUGGCAUACUGGAGGGAAGAUAUUGGCCUCAGCCUGCAUCACUGGCACUGGCAUCUGGUGUACCCGGCCACUGGUCCGGAUCGGGUUGUGCGGAAAGAUCGCCGGGGUGAGCUGUUCUACCAUAUGCACCAGCAAACGAUCGCACGGUACAACAUUGAGCGGUUUGCAAACGGAUUGGCGCGCACGCUAUCGUUCAGCCAGCUAAGGGAAAGCAUUCCGGAAGCUUACUUUCCGAAGAUCGUGCGCAGUUCUGACGGGAGAGCGUUCUCCUGUCGCUAUCCGAAUCAAGUGAUGAAGGAUGUUAACCGUGUUGAGGAUGAAUCGACGAUUCGUUUGGCGGAUAUGGACGUUUCUAUCAAGCGUAUAUUUGAAGCCAUUGAUAAUGGAUACGCUCAAGCGACGAAUGGCGAUCGUGUUCCGCUGGACAACGAGAAGGGAAUCGAUUUAAUUGGCGACAUGCUAGAAGCGAGCACCAAUUCAAUCAACUUUAACUAUUACGGUGACUACCACCAGAACGGGCAUGUCAUGCUGGGCUACAUUCACGAUCCUGACAAUUCCUAUCUGGAAGGCGUCGGCGUUAUGGGCGAUUUGACUACCACGAUGCGGGAUCCUUUGUUCUACCGCUGGCAUCAGCACAUUGACGACAUUUUCGUACGGCACAAGCAGCGACUGCCGGCCUACACAAGCACGGAACUUUCAUUCAACGACAUCACGGUGGAUUCGUUCGACGUGCAGUUAAACAAAGCGAACGCGCCAAAGAAUGUGCUUCUCACCUUUUGGCAGCGAUCACAGUUCGAUCUCGGCACGGGGCUAGAUUUUGUGCCGGAAGGUAACCUGUUCGUGACGUUCACACACAUUCAGCACGCGCCGUUUAGCUAUCGUAUCCAAGCGACCAAUAACGGGGGCAGCAUGCGGCGCGGUACCGUCCGUCUGUUUCUUGGGCCGAAGGUGAACGAUCGUGGACAGGUCCUGCCUUUCCGUGACCAGCGCCGUCACAUGGUGGAGCUGGACAAAUUUACCGUGAACUUGCGUCCUGGGCAAAACUCCAUCGUAAGACGUUCGGAUGAAUCGAACCUGACCAUUCCGUACGAACGAACGUUCCGCAAUAUAGCCGCCUCGAGCCAGCCGGGCACGGAGGUGUUCCAGUUUUGCAACUGCGGCUGGCCAUCCCAUAUGCUGCUGCCGAAGGGAUCUGCCAGCGGUUUGGAGUAUGACUUUUUCGUUAUGAUUUCCAACUACAAUCAGGACCGGGUGGAGGAAUUUAAUGAGAAUGACAACUGUAACGAUGCGCACAUGUUUUGCGGUUUACGCGAUCGUCGGUAUCCGGAUGCUCGAAGCAUGGGCUAUCCGUUCGAUCGCUUCACGCCAAAUUCCGUGGGAAGCUUGCAGGAAUUCGCGCGCCCGUAUAGAAAUAUGGCCACUACACCCGUUUCUAUCCGUUUCACCAACACCGUUAUUGCACGCACGCGCCCGUACGAGCCGACCUUCGUGCCGAAAAACAAUGGCCAGCUGUACUUCGAUGUACCGGACUCUUACCUAACCGAUCACUAUCGCCCGUUCGGUGCGGCGCUGCAGAAUCGAUUCGGCACGAACGCUCAAACGCGUAUUCCACUGCCAAACAUUACGGCACCGGAUCUGGCGUACGCGGAUGCCGUUAGCCGUCGGGGUGGAUUUUCGAUUUUCCAUCCAUCGCAUCAGCGCGUGGCCAGUCAGCUGAUCGAGCUGUUUCUCGAGCAAUCGAACCCGGACGCACUGACGGCAAUAGCUGUGUUUGUGCGGGAUCGUGUCAAUGGUCCGCUGUUCCAGUACGCGCUCUCGGUCGCGCUGAUGCAUCGUACCGAUACGCGCGAUGUCGAGAUUCCGAGCUUUUUGGAGCUGUUUCCCGAUCGGUACAUUGAUCCGGCCGUGUUUCCGCAGCUGCGCGAAGAGGGCACACUUGUGGACCAGGGCGAUCGACGUGCGAUCGAGAUCCCGAUGAACUUUACCGCCUCGGAAAGGGUGGACGAGCAGCGGUUGGCCUACUGGCGGGAGGACAUCGGUGUGAACCUGCACCACUGGCACUGGCAUUUGGUGUAUCCGGCCCGCGGGCCGGAUCGUAUCGUGCGCAAGGAUCGUCGGGGUGAGCUAUUCUACUACAUGCACCAGCAAACGAUGGCCCGCUACAACAUUGAGCGGUUUGCAAACGGAAUGCCGCGGGUGGUUGCGUUCCGAAAUUUCCGCGAAGCCAUCCCCGAGGCGUACUUUCCCAAGAUAACACGCAGCUCCGAUGGACGUUCGUAUCCAGCUCGGCAUCCCAACGAAACGUUGAGUGAUCUUAAACGAGUUGAGGAUGGUGUAAUAGUAUCGAUCGCUGAUAUGGAGCUAUGGACGACUAGGAUUUUUGAAGCAAUUGAUAACGGCUUCGCUCAAUCGUCGAGCAAUCAGCGUGUUCCUUUGGACAAUGACAGCGGAAUCGACUUGCUGGGGAACAUUGUGGAAGCGAGCACCCUGUCGGUGAAUCCGCAGUACUACGGAGAUCUUCACAACAACGGGCACAACAUCCUUGGCUACAUACACGAUCCGGACAACUCGUUCCUGGAGGGUUUCGGUGUGGUCGGUGACAACACGACGGCCAUGCGUGAUCCGGUGUUUUAUCGUUGGCAUCAGCACAUCGACGACAUUUUCGUCCGUCACAAGCAACGGCUUCCGGCGUACACGGGACAGGAGCUAGCAUUUAACGAUGUGGCGGUGGAUAGCUUCGAAAUUCAACUGAACAAAGCGAACGCACCGGUCAACAUUCUGCUAACGUUCUGGCAAAGAUCGCAGGUAAAUCUCGGCACCGGGCUCGACUUCGGCCCGGAGGGCAAUCUGUUUGCGACGUUCACGCACAUUCAGCACGCACCGUACAGCUACCGCAUACGGGUGAACAAUCGUGCCGGGGACACUAGACGCGGCACGGUACGCAUAUUCUUCGGACCGAAAACAAACGAACGUGGCCAAACGUUGCCAUUCCGCGAGCAGCGCCGUUUGAUGGUGGAGUUGGACAAGUUUACCGUCACACUUAAUGCCGGUGCUAAUACGAUCGUGCGACGAUCGGAUCAAUCGAGCGUAUCGAUCCCGUACGAGCGAACGUUCCGAAAUGUGGCUGCCUCAUCGCUGACACAGAAUGAAGCCUUCCAGUUCUGUAACUGUGGUUGGCCGAACCAUAUGCUUCUGCCGAAAGGGUCUCCCGACGGUAUUGAGUAUGACUUUUUCGUUAUGGUUUCCGAUUUUGCACAGGACCGCGUUGAGGAUUUCGACGAGAAUGUUAACUGUAACGAUGCUCACUCAUUCUGUGGUCUGCGUGAUCGACGCUAUCCCGAUUCACGUAGCAUGGGCUAUCCGUUCGAUCGCUUCACGUCAGGAACGAUUGGCAGUUUGCUAGAUUUUACCAAACCUUAUGUCAACAUGUUGGUCACUCCGGUGAAGAUACGGUUCACCAAUACGACAAUGGCUACCACUAUUCGGGACAAGUUUCGUGGCCUGUUACAGCAUCCGUACGAACCGCUGUUUCUGCCGAAAAGCGAUGGCCAACUGUUUUACGACCUGCCGGAGAAGUUCUUCACCGACCGUUAUCGUCCGAUCGGGCAAAACCUGAUCAAUAGGUUCAGUGCUGCAGCGGCUGCACCGGCCGGUACGAGUGCGGACACACCGGCCAUGAAUCGGGUAUCGCUCAACAACAUCCCCGAGCCGGACAUAAAGUUUGCCGAAGCCGUACCACGCCGCGGAGCGUUCUCUCUCUUCAUCCCGGAGCAUCGCGUUAUCGCUGGACGUUUGAUCAAGCUGUUCCUGGAUCAACCGGACGCCGAUACACUGGGGGAUGUCGCUGCGUACGCAAGGGACCGACUGAACGGUCCACUCUUUCAGUAUGCACUGGCAAGUGCUUUGCUGCAUCGAAGCGAUACGAGUGAUGUUCCCGUGCCUUCAUUUUUGCACCUUUUCCCGGAUCAAUUUAUAGACCCAGCAGCGUUUCCCCAAAUUCGCGAGGAAGGACGAGCCGUGUUGCAGCCGAAUCGGAUGUCGAUAGACAUUCCGCUGAACUACACAGCAUCGGAUCGUGUGACCGAGCAGCGGUUGGCGUACUUCCGGGAGGACAUUGGCGUGAAUCUCCAUCACUGGCAUUGGCAUCUGGUGUACCCGGCAGAAGGGCCGGAACGGAUUGUGCGGAAGGAUCGCCGGGGUGAGCUGUUCUACUACAUGCACCAGCAGAUGAUUGCCCGCUAUCAGGUCGAACGUUACAGCCAAGGUUUGGGGCGUGUGACUCCACUAGACAAUCUGCGGACGCCCAUCCCCGAGCCCUACUAUCCGAAGAUUCUGCGCAGUGCCAAUAAUCGUACGUAUCCUGCACGAUACGCCAACAUGACGCUUGAGGACGUUAUACGCCCGAAUGAUGGGCUGCGUGUGAUCAUUUCGGAAGUAGAACGUCAGCUUCAGCGCAUUAUUGCAGCGAUUGACGAAGGUGUUGUGGUUGCGCCAAACGGACAGCGCACACAGUUGGACAACUUCCGCGGCAUCGAUAUAUUGGGCAAUAUCGUUGAAAGCUCGACCUUGUCCGUGAACGGCCAGCUGUACGGCGAUACGCACAACAGUGGGCACGUAUUGCUUUCGCUCGUGCACGAUCCGAGGGAAGAUUUUCUUGAGAGCUUCGGUGUGAUGGGUGAUGUGACGACGGCGAUGCGUGAUCCCAUCUUCUACCGCUGGCAUACCUUCGUGGAUAGCAUUUUCCAGCGCCACAAGCAAAGGUUCGCACCGUACGGUCCAGCCGACUUGAGGAACCCGGGCGUUAACUUGCUGAGGCUGGAAACGGAACUAGAUCGGCGCGAUUCGGUCAAGAACACUUUGCUAACGUUCUGGCAACGUUCGCAGUUCGAUCUGGGUGCUGGUAUAGACUUCGGCGCAGAGGGCAGCGUGUUCGUAAGUUUCACUCAUCUACAGCACGCCGCAUUCAACUAUCGGCUGCAAGUUGCCUAUUCUGGUACGGCCAAGCCUGCGACGCUGCGCAUCUUUCUGGCGCCGAAGCGUAAUGAACGAGGACAAUCGUUGACGUUUGAAGAGCAACGACGGCUGGCUAUUGAGAUGGAUACAUUCCGUGUGAAUUUAACACCUGGCAUUAACAACAUCAUUCGACGAUCAGCAAACUCGAGUGUUACCAUCCCAUACGAACGCACCUUCCGCAACGUGGCCAACACAAACAUUGGUGAUGCAAAUUUCCGCUUCUGCGGCUGUGGAUGGCCAUCGCACAUGCUUGUGCCGAAAGGCGAUCAGUUCGGUGUGGAGUACGAUCUUUUCGCGAUGCUGUCCAAUCAUGACCAGGACCGGGUUAAUCCUUUGUUUGAUGAACGCACGGACUGCAAUGAUGCACACUCGUUCUGUGGUUUGAGGGAUCGUACGUAUCCAGAUGCACGCAACAUGGGCUUUCCGUUGGAUCGUCGUGUAGCGAAUACGGUUCGAUCGUUCCAGGAUUUCGUAGCGCCGUAUCAGAAUAUGCGUGUCGCGACGAUAACGAUUCGCUUCACCAAUACGGUUGUGGAGAGAUUGUUGCUUGUUUCAGCUGUAAAAGCAAACCACAACCGUUCGGACCACAACAUGUCGGACCUCCAAACUGGAUUUCUGUGUCUUAUGACGCGUCCUACCGAACCAUUGUUCUAUCCGAAGUACAACGGAGAAGUGUUUAUGGAUCUUCCUCCCGAGUAUCUUCCCGAACGCUAUCAACGUAUAGCUGGUUCGAUCAAAACCUACCACGGAUCGACAGCCAAGCAUCACAUCUCGAUCAAGCCAGUGGAGCUGCCAGACUUUGGGUACACCGCUCGUGUACCACGCCACGGUGAAUUUAAUCUAUUUAAUUCGGCUCAACGGCAGGUGGCAGGGCGGCUGGUAGGAGACUUGCUCUCACAGCCCGAUCCCCAAGCGAUGCUCUCGGUGGCGGCUUACGCUCGCGAUCGUUUGAAUCCAACCUUGUUCCAGUACGCACUUGCCGUGGCGUUGGUACAUCGAAAGGAUACGGGUAACGUACCGGUACCCUCUUUUCUAGAAAUGUUUCCCACACGGUUCGUCGAUCCGGCACUGUUCCCUAAGCUAGUUGAGGAGGGAUUUGUAGUGCAGCAGGGUGAACGCGUGGCAAUUGAGGUGCCACCAAGUUUUAGCGCUUCCGAGACAGAUCCCGAACAGCGGUUGGCCUAUUUUCGGGAGGAUAUUGGUGUGAACCUGCACCAUUGGCAUUGGCAUCUAGUGUACCCACAGGAAGGUCCGCUUGAGGUCGUCGACAAGGAUCGCCGCGGAGAACUAUUCUACUAUAUGCACCGUCAAACCGUAGCUCGGUACAAUGUAGAACGGUUCUGCAAUCGGUUGCCAGCGGUGAAACCGCUGAAGAAUCUUCGCGAACCCAUUCCCGAGGCAUACUUCCCGAAGCUGCUGAACAGUGCACUGAAUCGAACGUACCCUGGCAGACAUGCGAAUAUGGUGUUGAGCCAUGUUAACCGCCCCGACGAUGACGCUGUUGCAACGAUCUUGGAGCUUGAAUCAUCGCUGGGAAGAAUAAAGGAAGCCAUUCAGUCCGGUUUCGCAAUGGCAGCGGACGGGACACGUGUUCCUCUGGAUCCUAAGAAAGGCAUCGAUAUUCUUGGAAAUAUUAUGGAAAACUCGAUCCUUUCGGUCAACGUGCCGUACUACGGUAAUUACCACUCGCUUGGCCACGUUCUCAUCGGCUUUAUCCACGAUCCGGACAACCUGUACCUCGAGGGACACGGUGUGAUGGGUGAUUUUACGACGGCAAUGCGUGAUCCAACGUUUUACCGUUUCCAUGGCCACGUGGACGAUGUGUUUGAUAUGCACAAGCAAAAGCUUUCGCCAUACAAAGCGCACGAGCUGUCUUUCCCAGGUGUAUCCAUCUCGGACGCAACGGUGCAGAUUACGAGCGGUAAGGCGGCCAGAAAUAGGUUGCUAACCUUCUGGCAACGGACGCAAGUUGAUCUGGGAACGGGGCUAGAUUUCGGACCGCAAGGUAACGUGUUGGCAACGUUCACCCACAUCCAGCACGCACCGUUUGCGUACCAAAUUAUGGUACAAAACGAAACGGCGGAGCAAAAGAAGGGAACUGUUCGCAUUUUCCUCGCCCCGAUCUACGAUGCGGACGGAGAGCAACUGUUACUGAGCCAGCAGCGUCGGUACAUGCUGGAGAUGGACAAAUUUGUCGUCAAGUUACAUCCUGGCGAUAAUCGGAUCAUUCGACGAUCGGACCAGUCAAGCGUAACCAUACCGUACGAAAGGACAUUCCGGCGAGUUGAAGCUUCCAACAUGCCAGGCACGGAGAGCUUCCGCUUCUGCAAUUGUGGCUGGCCCGAUCAUAUGCUGCUGCCCAAGGGACAUCCCGAUGGUCAACCGUUCGAUCUGUUUAUCAUGAUUUCUGAUUACAAGGACGAUGCAGUAAGCACCGGAUUUAAUGAGAAUGAAAACUGUAACGAUUCACACUCAUACUGUGGUCUACGCGAUCAGCUGUAUCCGGACCGUCGUGCGAUGGGUUUUCCCUUUGACCGACAGCCGGUUGCCCAGGAUCACUUGAUGAAGGACUUUGUGGCCAGGUUCCCCAAUAUGAGCCGUACCGUAGCGGAAGUUAUGUUCACCAACACUACCAUUUCGCGCACGUAAAUGGCAUCACGAUAACCGAUCGAUGAACGAUACUUGUGGCUGACCCGUAUGAUCGUUUUUUUUUUAUCAACGAGGAACAUUAUAUUAAAAUGCAAUGGAAAAAUGAGCAAUAAAAUAUAUUCAUAA